AUGGGAACCCCUGAGCUUUCAGGCACAGUCGAGUAUCAACGUACCGUCAGACACUACCACUGCGCUUCAGCUUCUGUUCGUUCCGGUUCCGGCCAUCCAAGUCGUUUCGUUCCUGUGUCUAGUCUAAGCGAGGGGGUUUCCCAACUUGCUCUCUCAGGCAAGUACAAACAUAUUAGAGUAUCUUCGCAUCCUGAAUCUGAUUUCGUUCCCAGCACACAAUCGCUUUACAGUUCACCCACUGAAGUACACCCAGUUUCCACUACCGCACCACUUACUCCUACGCCGUCAACGGAACGCAUGUUACAAAGCAAUAUGGGAACCCCUGAGCAACCCAAUGCAGCCGUGUAUCACCAUUCAUGUGCUGCUGCUGUGUGUUCCUGCCUUCCAAGUCGUUCCGUCCCUGCGUUGGGUUCCUGCGAAGGGGUCUACCAACCUGCUUAUGCGGGCAAGUACAUGACAAGUAGAGCUUUUACAAAUCCUGAGCCUAGUCUCGUUCACAGCGCAAUUUCUUCGCAUAGUUCAUCAUUCAAUGCUUUGUCUACUGAUGGUAACCGUCCCAGUGUGCAUCAAAAUCAACAGUUGGCUAAUGACGUCAUUAAUUCAUUGAAAUUCUACUUCCAAAACGUAAGAGGGUUGAAGACUAAAAUAGCUGACUUCUACCUUUCAUGCAUCGAUCAAGACUAUGAUGUAAUCAUGCUAGUUGAGACUUGGCUCGACAGCAGAAUUAACUCUGUUCAACUGUUCGGUAACCAGUACGAAGUGUACAGAAUCGAUAGGAACCGUUUGAAUAGUCUUCGCGGUGUAGGCGGUGGUGUCAUUAUUGCCGUUAAAAAAGCUCUCGAUUCCUGUUCCUGCGAUAUUGGAUUUUGUGCUGCUCUCGAACAACUAUUCAUUACAAUUCAAUUGAAUGGUUUGAAACUCUUUGUUGGAUGUUUUUACUUACCACCCGAGAAAAAUAAAGAUCCUGAGCUUAUGAAACUCCAUAUCGGCUGCAUUGAGAAGAUCUGCGAUGCUGCAAGUUUGAACGACAUCAUUAUCAUAGCUGGUGACUACAAUCAACCCAAAAUCGCAUGGAAGCGUUCACGCCACGGUUACAUGUUUGUUGAUGUUUCGAACACUACCUCCAGACGUCGUGGUCGGAACGAAGCAUCGGUUCAAGAAAUACUUCUUGACGGUACCGCUAGGUGCAAUUUACUGCAAGUGAAUCCAGUCAGUAAUUUUAACGGACGACACUUGGACCUGCUGUUUCUUAAUGACGGAGCGAACUACACAAUUCCGGUUAGCGCUGACGAUCCUUUAGCACGUUUGGACUCAUAUCAUCCUGCUCUGAUGUUUGAUGUCAUAGUACACUCUCACCUACCGCUAGUUGAAGAUAUAGACACGACGGCAUUGAACUUCAAGAGAACUGAUUACUCAGCACUUAGUGAUUACCUUCAAACUGUCGGCUGGGAGCCAGUCACUAGUUGUAACGAUGUAGAUGAAGCUUUACUCCGAUUCAACUUGAUUGUUCAAGCCGCUUUAGUGAGAUUCACUCCACUUUUCACACCUCCACGCAAACCUAUUUGGUCUAAUGCUCAACUUCGUUCCUUGAAAAGAAUUCGUGCAGCAGCUCUUAGAAAGUUUACCCGAAAUCGAAAUCCUACUACGAAAGCUAUGUUCAACAGAGCUAGUGGCAACUACAGACGAUAUAAUCGCCUACGAUAUGCUGAAUAUGUGCGAGGGCUUCAAGAGCGGCUACGUCAGUACCCAGCCAAGUUCUGGUCGUUUGUGCGAACAAAGCACAAAGAGAAUGGGUUACCUGCGACAAUAAAUAAGGGAAAUGUGGUGGCUUCUACCAACGCCGAAAAAUGUGAACUUUUCGCCGAGCAUUUUGCUACCGUAUUUAGUCCUCGUAACCAUGCAGAGAUUGAUCCUCAAUGCCUCGAAAACGUGCCUUUAGAUGUAGUCGAUUUGGAUACUUUCCAUAUUUCCGAAGACAUGCUGUUAAAAGCCUUACGCAAACUGAAAUCUUCAUUCACGCCUGGGCCGGAUGGUGUUCCAACUGUUUUCAUGAAGAAGUGCUCGCAGGAUAUUUAA